AUGGACGAAGAGGAUCCGGAGACUCUGACGCCCAAUAUCCCAUGCUUCCGGAAUCUUCGAGUCGAUCUCGGUGGACUCAACGUCCUCGUUGGUCUCACCUGCAGCCCUAUUACUGUCAUAUACGCCGUGGAAACGGUAUUCGAUGCUUCCGGAACUUCCCCGGCAGCCGCCAUGAUGUUCAUUUAUCCAGAUUUCGAGCCUUGGAUGUUAUUUACUGGCAAAGAUCAUUCAUAUUGGAUUCAUCGGCUCCGAUAA